CAUAUGAGAUUAGUUGACAAAUUCCGUUUGCUGACACCUUCAGAGUUGAAGGCCAGGGGAGAAAACCAAAGCAUCGCGCUCUCUAUUGAGAUUCUGCCUUCAGAAUGCUUAGCAAUUGGUGGUGGGGACAACAUCACCACCGACAUCCUCAGUAACUACCAGCUGUUGACUGAGGAUCUGUUCUUCGGAAUCUCUACGGUGGUGGCGCAGAAGAAUUCUCCGUACGUGGCUAAGCUUAGUCAGAGGAUUCUCCGACUCAAUGCUGCUGGCUUGGUGCGUGCCUGGGACUCGCAGGUAUCGCUCAAAUACCAAGACAUGAAAGUCAAAAUGGCGGUAAAGUACUCGAGAAACGUGGUGCCACCGACGACUGCACCCCUGAACCUUGUUGCUAUAGGGGGCAUAUUCCUAAUACUAGUAGCUGGGAUCGGUGUCUCCAGCUUGGUCUUCUUAGUGGAGCUGGCACAAGGAAGAAAGAGACAGAGGCAUUUGCAGAAAGGGAGACCGUAGAAGUCAGUAGAUUGAAAAUGAUUCUUGAGAUGCCAAACAUGGCAUUUUCGUUUGUAAUUUCAGGUUAUAGAUUCUGUGGUUAUAGCUAAAAUAGGAUUAAA